AUGGCGGAGUGCAAGAUUAUGACUGAACAGAUAAAUGGACGGUUGCGGUCCAACACCAUGGCUCUAAUGCAUCCAUGCCGCCUGGUUUCUGACAUUACUGCUGUGGACAGAUUUUCAUCAAUGCAGACCGAACAGCUGAUGUUUCUAUGUAUCUUGUUUGUAACGAUCGUGGUCGGCAACUUCCUAAUCCUAGCCGGCAUUGUUUCCUCAGGCAAGCGCAGAUCACGUAUGAAUGUGUUCAUCAUCAACCUAGUGUGUGCAGACCUUUCCGUUGGCUGUCUCCUGGUACUUACAGACAUCAUUUGGAAGGUGACAAUCACGUGGUACGGGGGCUACAUUGGCUGUAAGGUGGUCAAAUUUGCUCAAUGUGUAGCUACGUUUGGUGCAACCUACUCUCUAGUGGCGCUGUCUAUAGAUCGACUGGAUGCAAUUGCAAGACCAAUGAAUAUCAACAAUGUCGAGAGGCGGUGCCGCAUACUUGUUGGAUUGGCCUGGUUUUUUGCUGUUCUAUUUUCAUCCCCGAUGUUGUACAUGUCAGAAAUGGACAUUGUAGACGGGAAGGAACAAUGUUGGAUAGACCUACAACCAUGGGUGUGGCGGAUCUAUGUAACCAUGGUUUCAUUCGCGGUGUUGAUAAUUCCCGCCAUCAUCAUCGCUAGCUGCUACAUCGCCAUUGUCGUGGUCAUCUGGUCAAAAUCCAGCAAGUUUAAAUCCCCCGACACUAGGCGCUGCGCAGAGAAAUCUAGUCUUUCAAAAUCAGGUUCUAUCACUGUCCGCUUUACGGGUUCCAAUAGACAUUCCAAAGCCGCAAUGGGAGCUUCAAGCUCAAGAGGAGUUAUUCCGAAGGCCAAAAUUAAAACGAUUAAAAUGACAUUCGUUAUAGUAUUAGUGUUCAUAUUCUGUUGGGCUCCAUAUUUCAUCUGGGACUUGUUGUACGUGUUCGGUCACAUCAAGAUGUCACAGAGAAGUAUCGCUAUCAGCACAUUCAUCCAGAGUCUAGCGCCCCUUAACUCAGCCGCGAACCCAAUCAUCUACACGCUGUUUAACACGGCCAUAUUCACAGGAAUGUUUAAGAAACGUCACGCAUACAAUUCCCCGCCCCAUACGCCACGUGCUAUAUAG